AUGAUUGGACUCCCGCGGCGGUCCCGGGCUCUCCUAAUGGGAUUGAUCCUUUUCUUUAUAGGGGCGACCAUGUACCUCAGGUCCGAGAACUUGGCAGCAGCGACACCGAUACACACAUAUUUCCCACACAGCGGGAUACAGCUGGAGCGAAGCGAGGUCAAAUCUCGGGCGGAUGCGAUCAGGGAGGCUUAUCUACAUUCGUGGAAUGGCUAUAUGCAAUUUGGUUUCCCGAAAGAUGAACUACUUCCGAUGUCGAAACGGGGCGGAAACUCGAUGAGUGGCUGGGGUGCUAGCGUUAUCGAUGGUAUCGGAACGGCGGUAUUGAUGGAACUACCCGAAGUCGUAGAGCAGCAGCUUGAGUUCAUCUCGAAAAUCGACUACACAAAAUGUGAACAUCAGAUCAGUCUGUUCGAAACAACGAUACGAUACCUUGGUGGGAUGAUUUCAGCGUAUGACUUGUUGAAUGGGCCGUAUUCUUCGUUUAUUCAAGCCGGAAAGGGUCAGAAGAACCACGACCUAGUACAGUCCCUACUCAAACAAUCCGUGUCUCUCGCCGAUGCCCUCAAAUGGUCCUUCAACACUUCUUCCGGUAUUCCUAUGCCGUUCUUCAUGCUCGACUCGAAGUGGAUAAAGUCGGACGAUAUAAAUAACAUUGCCGGGAUUGGAACACUUGUGCUCGAGUGGACUCGGCUAUCAGACUUGACCGGUGACCCGCAAUACACCAAAUUAGCCCAAAGAGCACAGGAAUAUUUGCUCAAAGUCGAGAACCCAGAGAUUGGAGAGCCAUUUCCUGGCCUGCUAGGAACCAACGUGGGGCUAAGGGAUGGGCGAUUCCUCGACAGUUACGGUGGAUGGGGCGCCAUGGGCGAUAGUUACUAUGAGUACCUCAUAAAGAUGUACGUCUAUGACCCUCAAAGGUUCCGACGUUACAUGGAAAGAUGGAUUCAAGCAGCCGAUUCUACCAUGACACACCUCACAUCGGUUCCCGACACUACACCAGCCUCUAAUCUUGUUUUCGUAGGCGAAUACAGUAAUGGCCGUUCCGUUGCAUUGCGUGGAUCUCAUCUCGCAUGCUUCAUUGGAGGAAACUUCCUCUUAGGUGGACAGGUUCUUGAUAAUAUGAAAUAUAAUGUCUAUGGUUUAAAACUCGUCGAGGGCUGCCGAGCGACCUACGCCAAAUCACAGUCUGGCAUCGGCCCAGAGAGGUUUGGAUGGGAUGCCAACCUUGUCCCAUCUAACCAGAAAGAGUUUUUCCAAAAAAACGGGUGGUAUUUUGGUGGCGAGAUUGACUAUCGACUAAGACCUGAGGUUAUUGAAAGUUACUACCAUGCUUGGAUAGUCACCAGAGACGACAAAUAUAGACAAUGGGCCUGGGAGGCAUUUGAGGCUAUCAACCGAACUUGCAGGACAGAGCAUGGUUUCACAUCAGUCAGUGAUGUUUCUCGGGAAGAUGGAGGCAAGAAAGAUGAUAAACAGGAAAGCUUUUGGUUCGCAGAGGUUCUCAAAUACCUUUUCUUAAUAUUCAACGAAGAAGGGAUCCAAUCCAAGGAAAAUAUCGGCUUUGUGCCUGGAAAGAAGCAAAAGUGGGUUUUCAAUACCGAGGCCCAUCCUAUCCGAAUCUACUAG